AUGCAAUUAACCAACAAAUGUUCGAAUGGUUUCUGGAGUGAAUUUCGCUUGAAAAAUUUCGGUUUCAAAUAUGAUCAGCUGGAUGAGUUCUAUCGAUCACAGUGGCAAACCGGCGAACGCAGUUUCCUCUUUCUGUUGUAUCGAUGGAUAUGGGCUGGAUUUUUCCUCGGAGUAUUUCUGUCAUGUCUCGUUUUGCAAUUUUCCGAAGGCAAAUAUUUUAUUUUCCUAACAAAUUGGGGUAUUAUGCUGUGCACGGCCACCCAGUUGAUAGCUGCCGUUUUGGCUACACAAUGGUAUUUCGAUAUAGAUGCUGUCCGCUCAUCGGCCUACGAAGUUAGUCAACUUAGGAAGACACCGACAUUGAUAAAAUUCUAUUGGCUGCUGCAUGAUAUUUCAUUGCCGUUGGCGUUAAUUAUCACGACAAUCUAUUGGACAUUUUUACACGGGAAGAUGAACAAACCCAAUCGCUUUCCCGUCAUGAGUUUUGUAACGCAUUGCAUGAAUUCCGUCUUUAUGUUGGUGGAUUUUCUUGUUGUAGCAUUUCCCGUGCGCCUUCUGCACGCCAUCUAUGCCAUGUUGCUGCCCAUCGUUUUUUGUCUAUUCACUGUGGUCUAUUUCUUUUGUGGCGGAACCGAUGACUAUGGUAACCAUUAUAUCUAUCCUCUGCUGGAUUGGACAGUGCCUAGCCGUGGCAUAAUCACAUUUGCCGAAGUUUUUGCUCUCUACUGCAUUUAUUGUCUGCUCCUUUAUGUCCUGUAUAAAUUUAAGCGAUUUCUGCAUCGUUCAUUGAGUGCUGUGUGGUCACCCCACUGUGUGGGAUUGAUUUAAGA